GCGAACGACGCCGGGGUUCGGGGCAGGGCCAGGCCAAUGGCGUCUCGGGCAGGCCCGAGAGCCGCCGGCACUGACGGCAGCGACUUUCAGCACCGGGAGCGCGUCGCCAUGCACUACCAGAUGAGUGUGACCCUCAAGUAUGAAAUCAAGAAGCUGAUCUACGUGCAUCUGGUCCUGUGGCUGCUGCUGGUUGCCAAGAUGAGUGUGGGACACCUGAGGCUCUUGUCACAUGAUCAGGUGGCCAUGCCCUAUCAGUGGGAGUACCCAUAUUUGCUGAGCAUUGUGCCCUCCCUCUUGGGUCUCCUCUCCUUCCCCCGCAACAACAUUAGCUACCUGGUGCUCUCCAUGAUCAGCAUGGGGCUCUUUUCCAUCGCCCCCCUCAUUUACGGCAGCAUGGAGAUGUUCCCUGCCGCACAGCAGCUCUAUCGCCACGGCAAGGCCUACCGCUUCCUCUUUGGGUUUUCUGCCGUCUCCGUCAUGUACCUGGUGUUGGUGCUGGCGGUUCAAGUGCAUGCCUGGCAGUUACACUACAGCAAGAAGCUCCUAGACUCUUGGUUCACCAGCACACAGGAGAAGAAGCGGAAAUGAAGGCUGCGGAUGGACUGAUCCCUGGGGUGAAGCCUAGCCCUCCUGUGGAGAAGAGUGAGAGGGUAGAAGAGCUGGUCUAAAGUCUCUGUUGUAAUUUUGGCAGCUGUGAUGUUGGCAACUGGUGCAAACUAGGCCCAAAUUCUGGAAAGCUGCUACUGUUGUCAUUAGCUGAGGUGG